AUGCCACGGUGUGCCGAAGAUGAAACCCUCGAAACCAGAGCGAAGGUGAAGUCCCGGUCCUCCCGGGCCGGGCUGCAGUUCCCGGUGGGCCGUGUCCACACGCUGCUGAGGAAGGGUAACUAUGCUGAGCGUGUUGGUGCCGGGGCCCCGGUGUACCUCGCGGCUGUGCUGGAGUAUCUGACGGCUGAGAUCCUGGAAUUGGCCGGAAACGCCGCCCGUGACAACAAGAAGACCAGGAUCAUCCCCCGCCACCUGCAGCUGGCCGUCCGCAACGACGAGGAGCUGAACAAGCUGCUGGGCCGAGUGACGAUCGCUCAGGGCGGCGUGCUGCCCAACAUCCAGGCCGUGCUGCUGCCCAAGAAGACGGAGAAGGCGAAAUGAAGCUCCGGGAGAAGCGCGCUGAUAAUAACGGCUCUUUUAAGGGCCACGCACAACAUCUGAGAGCAGUACGACCUUAAAGGAACUAACUCCUCUGACAUGGCGGGUCACACAGGGCACACUCACUGGUCUGACCCGCUCUGGGUUAAAAUUUAUUUACUUUAUUCAACAAAAAGCAGCUGUGACACAAACCUGUGUGAAAGUAAAGUGUUUAAACUGUGUGCUUUAACUAUUAACUCAUAGAACAGUCUCGUUUAAAUGUUAUUAAUAACUGUAGUAUGACAGGUCAUAAAGGACGCCGUCACACUACGAAGGCCAGAAUACCCGCAGCACAUUUUACAC